AGAGGAACAGGAAAAAAAAACCAUAAGGGGUAUAAAAACGAAUAUCACUUAUACAUGGGACGAUUCGUCGAACCAUCAUGAUCUGAGAGAAUCAGCUCUUUUGGGGUUUUAUUGUAUUCAUUACCCAUUUCACAUUCUAUAAUUCGACCAUUUCUGCUUUUAGCUCCCGACGACCCCUAAUUCUUAGGUAUUUACUUACCUUUCUUUACUCGAUCCAAUUCAACCCGCGAUACCCACCUUACUAUUACCCAGAGGUACUUAAUACAAGACGAAGCUUCACCGACACGACAAGACACGACACGACACGACAAGAUAAGACAAAGAGACAAGACCAUACUUUAAACUAUUGUUUACGUUCCUCGAUCCUUAUAAGACAUACCUUUUAAUUACAUACCUAACCCAAGCAAUAAACAUCCCCCCCCUUCUUCCCCGCCGUUUCCCAAUGAGCGAAACUACUGUCGUCGUAGAAACGCUCCCCGAGCGACGAGCCAAACACCAUGAGGCCGAGGUCGUCGUAGUCGGUGCCGGCGUUUUCGGGUGCGCCAUCGCGUACGCCCUCGCCGAGCAGGGCCGGAGCGUGAUCCUCCUCGAGAGGUGGCUCAAGGAGCCCAACCGGAUCGUCGGCGAGCUGAUGCAGCCCGGCGGCAUCAACUCCCUCCGGAAGCUCGGGCUCGGCCACACGAUCGAGGACAUCGACGGCCAGCCCUGCCACGGCUUCAGCGUCUUCUUCUACGGCAAGAACGUCCAGAUGCCCUACCCCCGGAUACCAGGCCUGCUCGGACCGGACGGGAAAGAAAAGACACAUGCGAAUGGGAAUGGGAAUAAGAAUACGAAAGAGAAGGCUAAAGAUGACGACGACGAGCCCCCGAGACCCCAGGGCAAGAGCUUCCACCACGGCCGCUUCAUCACCCAACUCCGCAAGGCCUGCCUCAACCACCCCAACAUCAGCGUGUUCGAGACCGAAGCCGUGAGCACCGUCAAGGGCGACCACAACCCGGAGAUCCUGGGCGUGGAGACGCGCACGACGAACGCAGAGACGGGCGAGAAGGUGCCCGACUACUUCUUCGGGCAGCUGACGAUCGUGGCGGACGGCUACGCCUCGCGCUUCCGCAAGCAGUACAUCCGCGAGGUGCCCCAGGUCCGCAGCAAGUUCUACGCGCUCGAGCUCCUCGACUGCGAGCUGCCGAGCCCCGGCUUCGGUCACGUCGUCAUCGGCGCCCCCAGCCCCGUGCUCAUCUACCAGAUCGGCUCCCGCGAGACCCGCGUCCUGGUCGACGUCCCCGAGAAGCUGCCCCAGGCCUCGGUCGCCAACGGCGGCGUCCGCGGCUACAUGGCCAACGUGGUGCUCCCGGCCCUGCCGCCGUCCGUCCAGCCCUCGUUCCGCGCCGCGCUCGAGCGCGACGCCAAGAUCCCCCCCAGCAUGCCCAACAGCUGGCUCCCGCCCACCAAGCAGUCGGCCACACCCGGGCUCGCGAUCCUCGGCGAUGCGAUGAACAUGCGGCAUCCGCUGACGGGCGGCGGGAUGACGGUCGCGCUGAACGACGCCGUGCUCCUGCGGGACCUGCUGGCGCCGAUCGCGGACCUGGGCGACACGGCGGCGGUGUCGCGCGCGCUGGACGCCCUGCACUGGCGGCGCAAGCGGCUCACGUCCAUCAUCAACGUGCUGGCGAUGGCGCUGUACAGCCUGUUCGCGGCGGCCGGGGACGCGCAGCUGGCGAAGCUGCAGCGCGGGUGCUUCGCGUACUUCGAGCGCGGCGUCGUGCGCGACCCCAUGGGCAUGCUGGGCGGGCUGAUCCCGGACCCGCUCGUGCUCGCGUACCACUUCUUCUCCGUCGCCUUCCUCGCCAUCUGGCUCGACUGGAAGGCCACCGGGCUCUGGAAGGUCCCCGUCCUGCUGUGGAACGCGUUCUGGCUCCUCUGGACCGCGAGUAGGGUUUUCUUGCCGGUGAUGUAUCGCGAGGCGUUUGUUUAGGUGAUUAAUCGGUCAGUCAGUCAGUCGGUGGGUGGGGGUGGAUGGGAAUUAUGUUGUUAUUGUUGACGGUGUCGAAAGUUUGCCUGCCUGGCUUGUGAUAGAGAAAUACCUACAUAUAAUGCGGAAGAAGAGAGACUUUGGGGAGAGGGUCUCUUUGGUAUCUAUACACUGACUAAUAAUGCAAGAGCGGACCUGCUGAAAUCCAUCCCUGGAUUUCUUCGGGGAUUAUGAGGAAGAGAGAGAGAGAGAGGCUUGUUUGACUCACUCGCAUACAUACACACAUAUACACAUACAAGCAAGUAGAUCCUAGAGGAUACACGCGGACAUGUCUGCUCGGUGGUUGGGGACGAUAGCUGGGCUUGAUUUUUUUUGACGUUACUGGCCCGGUGAACACGAGGAAGAGACAUGAGAAGAAAAUGAUGAAGAAGGAGAUGAAGACGAAGACGAGGAUUAGAAUCUACGGCUCAACGGAUACAAAGCAAUAGUUAAUUUUAAUGAUUCAGAUGAG